GCGUAUAUAAUAACAGAAUAUCGUCAACGAGUGUCAAAUAGUUUCUUGAACGAGGAAAAUCCGAGACCUUGCGCCGAACCAAACCAAUAUCACGCUAAUUUCCAUGAUGAGCAGGGACUCGGACAGAGGGAGAUACUCAACUCCUGAGGGGUCACCAAUCUGGGAGUACUUCUCAACCGCAUCUUGCGCCAUGUUAUUUUUUGCCAUUGGAUUUGUGCCAGGAUGGAAUGCACCGACCCUAAACAUGCUUCAGAAACCGGGCUCUCCAAUAACCAUCAAUGGUUCGGACGUAUCUAAUAUAUCAGCCGCAAUGGGUUUCGGUUACAUGUUUGCUCCUACACUCACCGUACUGAUCACUGACAAGCUUGGCAAGAAAAAGUCUCUUCUAAUUACCAUCGCAGUAACGAGCAUCAACUGGGGGUUGAUUGCAAUCGCUCAAACCGUUAAUAUUCUAAUCGUGGCGAGAUUCAUCAGUGGUUUCGCGAUGGGCAUGAUUCUGGGCAUCGCACCGAUGUACCUCGGGGAAGUAGCUUCAGUGAAAAUUCGCGGAGCAAUAGGAAUGGUCUGCAGUGUGACGAUGAACGCUGGCAUACUAUUCACCUUCGUUGUGGUACCGUACCUGUCCGUACGAAUGGUAGCUUAUAUAUCCCUGACCUUGAUCACCUUGGCCGCGAUGUGUAUCCUGUUCAUCCCCGAGUCUCCGUACUUUCUUGCAAGGGUUGGCAGGAUCGCGGAAGCCGAGGUCGUUCUGGAAAAGCUUCGCGGUAAAUCGGACGUGACAGAGGAACUGGAUCUGAUAAAGAAUACCGUCACCGAUAUGGACAAAGGUGCGAAGAAGCUGAAUAAGGGCAACGAGCCAAGGGCACCAAAGACAUUUGGCAUCUUCGAGCAAAUAAAGCAAAUCGUCACUGUACCUGGUAACCGAAAAGCAUUUUUUAUCAACUUGUUGGUUAUGAUAUGGAUGGAGUUCGGUGGUUACAUCGUUAUCAUGAUAUUUUGCACGUUUCUAUUCGAUGCGAUGCACUCUAAGAUUUCCUCCUAUACGUCGACGAUCAUUCUCAGUGCGUGUCAACUCGUUUCCAAUGUCUUCACGGCCUUCGUGAUAGACAGAGUCGGGCGCAGGCCUCUGAUCGGUAUUUCAGGGGUUUUAAGCGGCGCUUGCCUCAUGAUCAUCACUGUGUACUAUUUCCUGAUGGAAUACACUGGAAUAGACUCCUCUCCGUACUCAACUUUGGCCGUUUGCGCGAUGUACGUCAACAUAAUCGUGUUGAGCAUCGGUCUGGUACCACUGCAGACGAUCCUCAUGAGCGAGACAAUUGCUUCUGAAGUUAAAACGCUGGUGAGCAACAUAACCAUCUCGAUGGGCGGCCUACUCGGUUCCGCUGCGAUGAUGUUUUACAAACAGACUUCGGAAAUCUGGGGAUUAGGCAACUCUGUGCCUUUCUUUGUCUUUACCAUCACUACUUGGUUCAGCACGAUGGCCAUCAUGAUGUUGCUACCCGAAACGAAAGGCAAGACUUUCUUGGAGAUACAGAGAAUACUUAACAAAUAACAAAUAAUCAUGAAUGAGUCAUAGAUAUGAAGCUGGUGCUCCCGAUCGUUCAAAGUUGAAAUUGUUUGUAAGUUAUCGUGUUAUUAUAAGAUUAUAAGACUGUAAGUGAACUUGCUGAGUGAAACUAUACCGUGAUUAAUUGCUGAAUUUCUGGUUGAACAUCUUGCACUAGUGUUUGAUCGUUGAACCGCAAGAAUGUAAACCAUUCGUACGCUCUGACGCUGUGUGAAAUGAAGGAUCAGCGUAACAAAUAACAAAGAGACACGUGCCUACGCUGAUAACAUCAGAAAUAAAGCACCGUCAUCAUCGAUAGUGAAGAGUCAUGUUCUGUUUCCACAAGUUAGUCCGAAAUACGUAUAAAUGAGAUAAUAGCACGAGCGUAAAAGUCCUGAUCUGAAGAGC